AUGUACGUAAUAAGGCUCGUCAUCGCUCUAACGAUGCGGAAACUGGCACUCCUGCUGCUCAUCGGUUCGGUUUUGGCCGAGCCGCACGAUGGAUACUUUUACCCACGGCCCACGCCACAGUGCUUCCCACAAGUGUACACCGAAACGGUGACCGAUGUGGCCACCGAAACGCUGAACCACUUCUUCACCGAUGUUAACACCGUGUACCUGACAGACUAUCUGACCUCGACGUUGGUCAAUCCGGUCUACAUAACGUCCACGGAGUACGCCAUCUCGACGGUGUUUGUGCCGAGGGUAGAGCUCCUCACCAGCACGCUCAUCGUCCAGCCGAGUCCUGUGGUCGAGUACGUGAGGGAGACCGUUUUCUCCACGGUCGUCGCUCAAGCCGACUUCGGUGGGGUGGCUCACUUUGAGUCGGAAAACACUUACUUGCCACCGCUGCCACCGCAGCCUCCGCCACCACCGCCACCACAGUUGAACCCGGUGCUGUUCAACAACGCCUUGCAGGUGCAGCAACCUCCGGCAUUCGUUCCACUGCCGCAGGUUUCGCUGCCACCGGUCCUGGAUCAUCCUGUGACCCACCAUCCGUACGUGGCGUUCGAUGACGGUUCGUCAGGACAACGAUCGCUCGGGGAGCCGAUUGGCGAGAUCGGCCAGCAGUUUGGAGGAGGCGGGCUAGUCGGUGGGGUAGACGCCCUCCCGCACCUUGGAGCACUGCCGCCGGCGUUCGACGAGGAAGGAUAUCGAUACAAACGAAAGCUUGACGCAUCGUCGCCGAGGCGCCCGUCGAAAGCACAGAUCAACCGAUCGACGUAA